AUGCAGCAGGGCCAGUUUUCACACCCGGCGGGUACGGCAGGUGUCGCUUACGCUGGAGGCGCAGCAUCUAGCAAUAUCGGCAGCCAUCUGCGAGAGACGGUACAAACGACGGCGAAGGAUCCUGCCGUCGAGCGGGUCCGCGCUAGCGAUCGUGCGAGCCCCAAGGAAGAUAGCAGCAGCUCGCAGAGCGCGAAACGCCCCAUGCGCGAGAAGGACGCCCAGAACAUCCGCGAGAGCCCGCGCACGCGGGACCGCUCGCAGACCGUAUCUUCAAUCUCAUCGCUCGACGGCCACAGCUCACAGCGGACCCCAGAGUACCGCGGAUCGCCCCAGUAUCAGACGCCGUUGGCGUCUCCAGGCGAGCGUUCUGCUACAUAUCCGCAAUAUGCUCCGGAGGGCUACCAGGUCCAGGCCACGGCCACGCAGGGUCCCACGCCCCCUACUCGGAAACCCGUGCCUGCCAUAGACGCGACUGCCUCGCGUGUGACUCCGCCUGCCUCGUCGAAGCUCGCUGCGUCCAGCCAUACACCGCCCUUGCAAGCUAUGGCUGCUCGCCCCCCCGAUCGCUCGCUGCCUGUGCAGGAGGAGCCCGAAGAGGACGUCGGGCACUAUAUCGAACACGAGCCUGAGUACGAGGAUCGCCAUCGCGACUCGCCAACGCCGUCUGAUGCAUACCCCGACGCCCACGGUUCGCGAUACGAUGCACGCCACGAACAGGCUCGCGGGCUGAGGCAUCCGGAGGAUGACGAGGAGACGCUGAACGAGGAGGUGGAUGAGCAACGCAAGCAAGCUAAGAGCAGCGAGGAUUCGGAGUCGGGGUCUGGCUUUACGCCUCGAUCACCGUCAGUGAACCUGCCUGAGCGUCCGGCCCAGUACGCAAGUGCGAACGGACAAUACGCACAGGCAGGAGCCACUUUGCGCAGACCACCACGGAGUACCAGAAGACUGUGCGAGUCAAGCAUCGUUCGGGCACGACCGACCAAUUGGGCAUAA